UGGUGGGAGCCGGCCGCGUGCAGCAGGCGCCUCCUCCCAGCCCGUUCCGCGGGCCGUGCCCGCAGCCAUGGCCGAGCAGGUGCCCCUGUGGCACCACUACCUGCAGGCGCUGCGCUCGCGGGCACCGUCCCGGGCACAGGAGCACCAGCGCGCCGAGGACGUAGUGCUCACCCUGCUGGGGCGGGUGCACGCCCUGGACCCCCGCUUCCUCGUGGACUACUCCCGGGACCUGGAGGCCUUCCAGUUCGCCCUGCGCUCCUCGGAGGGCCCGCUGGACGUGGAGGUGCCCCUGUGGGUGGACGCCGAGGCCCUGGUGAUUGAGGAGGUGGGGGCCGCCGAGGCGGGAGGCGGCCUGGGGUGCUGCCGCCUGGGCCUCCCCCGGGAAGCGGCCGGCCUGGAGCGCUGGAAGGCAGACGACGUCUUCGAGGCCUCCCUGGAGGGCAGCGCCGAGUGCUGCGGCCACAUCGUGCCCGGCAAGGUCCUGCGGGUCCUCAAGGACCUGCUGGUGGCGGCCGUCGUGUACUGCAAGCACCACCACCUCAUCUCACCAGGCUCCCUGAGCGUGGACAGCCUGAGGGAGGAGCAGCUCGGCCUGUCCCUGCGGGUGUCCAGCGGCUGGAGGACACUCUGCUUCAACGUGGUGCCCGUGGUGCGGAAGAGGCUCAGGGUGCCCGCCCUGGAGGGGGCCCGGCUGGUGCCGGGGUUCCCUGAGGGUGCCCUGCGAGGGAUCGUCCGCCAGAAGGCGGCCCUGGUGCCAGCCAGCGCGGAGCUCUGGAGGGUCUCCACUGACUACCUGCUCACCAGGCUGCUGGGGGCGCUGGGCUCCCUCCGGGGCCACCGCCUAGACAGCCUCUCCAUCCUCGACCGGGUCAACCAUGAGAGCUGGCGGGACGGCGGCCGGAGCCCCGGCCUGACCUUCGGCCACUUGAAGACGGUGCUGCUGUGGGCUGCCACGCUCUUCCCCGCGCCCGAGGACUGGGCGGAGCUCCAGGGCGCUGUGUACCGCCUGCUGGUGGUGCUGCUCUGCUGCCUGGCCACCAGGAACCUGCCGCACUUCCUGCACCCCGAGCGGAACCUGCUGCAGGACGCGGGCCUGGACCUGGGCGCCCUCUACCAGCAUGUCGAGCACUUCGCCAGCCAGCCCGAGGCCGCCCUGCGCAUCCACGCCACCCACCUGGGCCGCAGCCCCCCGCCACGCGUGGGCAGCGGGCUCCGGGCGCUCCUGCAGCUGCCCGCCAGCGAGCCCGCCUACUGGGCCACUGCCUACUUCGACGUCCUGCUGGACAAGUUCCAGGCCUUCAACAUCCAGGACGAGCAGCGGGUCUCGGCCAUGCAGAGCGUCUUCCUGAAGACCAAGACUCUGGAUGCUGAGGAUGGCUGAGCUGGGCGCCGGCUCACUGCCCUCUGCUGGGCUGCACCGCCCACGGAGCCUCUGGGAACGUUUGGAGGAGGGAACGGGCUUCACCUGGAGUGGAUUUGGGGGUGGAGGGCCUUUGUCCCCAGGGCCCACCUGCGCCUGUCCAGGGUCAGCCCCGAGGGGUCUGAGUGUGCUGGACAGUGGGUCUCGGAGGCCCCGGGGUGAAGGUGCUGUGCGCUCUGGGUGACGUCAUCAAGACCGAGCGCUGGGAGGCCUCGGGGGGCCAGGAGCUUAUCCGCACCUGCGUCGUGUGCUGCUCCAGGUGGCGGGGCCUCUGAUGUGUCCAGUGGGGCUGAGACCGCCUGCUUUCUGGACACAUGAAGUGGAGAAGCUGUGUUCAGACAUCCUUCUCUGUCCCUGUGAUCGACCCCGGCCCGCCCCCAGUCCUCACCUGCUAGUUCAUGAGGGAGCCACCCGCAGCCCCCCGCCAGCAGCACCAUGGCAGAGGCACCCCUGCUGUGUGCGGGGGCUUCUCCCGACAGGUGGCGCCCCUGUCCCCGCCCGUCUCGGCCCUCGGCUGUUUCCACCUCUGUUCUCCCGUCAGCGCACUGCUGGCGGCCCGUAGCCCCUCACCCCACAGGGCUCCCACCCUCUGUGUGCCCUGGCCAGCAGGCGUUCUGCAGUCUUCACUCUGCCUGGAAGUGGCGUGGCUCCUGAGUUCUGAGCCACAGUCCACGCCCCGGGUCCUGAGAAGGUGGCUGCAAACCCCAGUGAGUCCGUGUGGCAGGCACCUCCCUGGACCUCCUCCGGAAAGUGGUCACACGCACGCUGCGGAGGGGACGCAUGGGCCUCUCGGGAGGCCGUGGGACCCGGGGCCUGAGCUGACACUAAUGGGAGGGGACACGGAAUGCCCCCAGGCACACCUUGCGCCGUGCUGUGAGGCGGCAGCUGCAGAAGGUAUUAGCUUUGUCCAGCCUGACUCGUAAGGGGCACAGUGGCCAGGCCCACCCUGUGUCAUUUCUCUGAUGUUGAGGUGGAUGCGGGGGGCUGCACUCAGCAGGAGAAAGAGCUACAGCAGCAGGAAAGGCCAAGGGGAAGAUGUUAUAACCACCCAUGCCCAGAGCCAAGAGUCCGGCAGAACGUACCAAAGGCCAGUGUCAGGACUUAGCGCCACUGUCAGAGACCUUGGCUCACCAGGGUGACCUCAGCUCAGAGGUCAAAAUGAGAGGCUGAGAUUGAGGGUGCCGCAUACCUGUGGGGCAGGGGGCGUUUGGGAAACCUCUGCACCUUCCUCUCCCUUUUUCUGCGAACCUAAAACUGCUCUGAA